AUGUCUCUGGUGGCUUACGAAUACAGUAGUGACGAAGCGUCGGAUAAUGAGGAAUCGGAAAAAGAGAACCCAACGGUGGUAGAACACGAUGGCACUCGAUCUGUCGACACCAGCUCGGAACAACACUUAACAGAUCCCGACAUCACCGAAUCGCCGAAAAAUCAUCUGCAUCUUCCAGCACCCAAAUGUCUCAACGAUCUCAACGUUGUGGAGGAAGAUGAUGAAUUCCUGCACAAAAAAGCAGUUCCGGCCAACAUUCCACUACCCCAGCCACCGUCCGCCUUGAAUAUGGCCACGAAACCCAAGGUACGUAAUGGUAAAGUGCAAAUUACCAUCCCAUCGAUGAAGGACUUCGGGGAAGAUGGGGACGAUGUGCAGAAUGCGAAGAAACAAAAGCCCAUCAUCGGUGCUGCACUACCGAACAAAUCGACCAACCUUUUAAGCAUGCUACCGAAACCACGAACAGCGCUUUUUGACGCAAAACCCACCAUGGGGCCAUCGUCCAGCAACUCAUCCUCGGGUCCAUCCACUAGCACCAGCUUUAGCAAACGUCUCGUACCGGACUCUGUUGCGAAUAGGCCGCGUAACGUACCGAUGAGUGCGACCAAAUCCAACAGUCGUGCACAAUCCGCUGAUUCUAGCACGAAAACCGACAAAGCUGCCACGCCAUCAUCGCAAGCCGACAACAGUGAUGAGGACGAUGAUGGAGACGAGCAAAUGGUGGAUUUCUUCUCCUUCAACAAAGUCGAUGAAUUGCCAACGGUCAGCACGAACGAAAUCAGCGCAAUGGUUGCUAAAAAAGCUGCCAAAAUAGCGGAGAACGUACGAAAGUAUACCGAAGCGGAUGAACAAUCGGAAGCCGCCGUAUCGAGUACGAUCGAAAACAGAAACGUGGCAGCACUAGCUCACCAGUCAGAUGCUGCGCCGGAGGAUCUGGCAAGCGAGACGGCUCUGUCCGCUCUUAUCGGUGGUAACCGUGCUAAACGGGGCCGUAUCGAAGAAGUCGAUCUGAUCGACAUCACGUCCGCCGAUAUCGUUCCAUCGAAGGAGGAUUUUUUGCGCCGCCAACUGCAGGAUGAAACGGGAUACGUGCCGACCGGCCACCUGGUGGGUGAUUGGACAUGUACCAGCAAGCGAAAGUCGCACAUUACCCAGCUGGCGAGCAAGGCGCAAGCUAACGCACAGGAACUGGAAGCAAUGUGGGCCGCAAACCGACAGUCCCGGAGGCAAACCCAAAGCAAAUACGGGUUUUGA